CCUUCGGAAUACAACAGGUUCGGUCGAAAUUCAAUAAAAUAUUUUUAAAAAAACGACCGAAUCAUUGUCUGUCUCUCUCUCUCUCUCUGUAAAUUUAUUUCUCGGGUUCCUUUCGCACAUAAUAAAUUGGGUAGCUUUAGUUUCAGUUGCUAAACCAGAGUGAUCACCUUCUGUUUUUUCUUCGCCGGAAAGUGAAGAUGAUGAAACCAAAGUACCUGCGGGGUUUAUGAGUUAGAAAGAAAAUUUCUUUUUCCGAUCGUUUCUGGGUUGAACAGAAAAUGACUUUGUUUACAGCCAAGAUGAAAUCUUUGAAGACCCAUCUCAUUUUUUGAUUGCUGGCUGAACUUGGCAUCAGCUUUGAAUUCAUCAGAAAUUCGCUACAAAUAAUGCAAUGUGGAUGAAGGUGGUGUUGGCAUUGAGAGUUGUAGUUCUUUUUACAGAAAGAGAAAGAGAUUGAUUUGGUUGUUUUUGUAAAAAUGCUUUAUUGAAUCUGGACCGUCCUUUUUUAACAGGAUAUAAAGAUCUGAUGGUGUUAGAUUGCAUUAAGCCAUUAACUAGCAAAUAAGGCUCUCUCUCUCUCUAUACAUUUUCACUUCAGAUUCGUGUACUUGGAAUUAUCCUCUCAUGGCUGUCUUCAUGAGAAAAUCAUCUAAAGUUAUUAACCAUCUAAAAUCCAAGAUGGGUUUGCUGGGUGUGAUCAACCUGCUGAGCCCUUCUACUUUAUUCCAUCAUCAAGAACUUUCAGUUGCAGCACCAAUUGCUCGAACUCUAAGAAACCCAGACGCAGAUUUGAGUAUCAAAGCAACCCUUUUCUCUUCUCAACGUUUCAAAUCGACAAAAGCCGACAAACAUUUGAAUUCUCUCAAUGAUGCUGAUGACAACAAGAUCUUGGAUUUUCCAGGAGGAAAGGUUAGUUUCACUCCUGAAAUGAGGUUCAUAUCUGAAUCCCCAGAGGAACGGACACGCUGCUACCGUGUCCUUGAUGAUGAAGGACAGCUGAUUAUUGGCAGCAAUGUUAUACAGGUCGGUGAGGAACUUGCUGUAAAGAUGUACACUGGCAUGAUUAUGCUUCAAACUAUGGACACACUCUUUUAUGAAGCACAAAGGCAAGGAAGAAUUUCAUUUUAUCUGACUACAAUUGGAGAAGAGGCCAUCAACAUUGCAACUGCAGCAGCGCUGACCAUUGAUGACUGUGUCUUCCCUCAGUACAGAGAACCAGGAGUGCUACUAUGGCGUGGCUUCACCCUACAAGAAUUUGCAAACCAGUGUUUCGGAAACAAAGCUGAUUAUGGAAAAGGCAGGCAGAUGCCCAUCCAUUACGGAUCUAAUAAGCACAAUUACUUUACCGUAUCAUCGACAAUUGCUACACAAAUUCCCCAUGCUGUUGGUGCUGCAUAUUCUUUGAAGAUGGAUAGAAAAAGAGCAUGUGCAGUCACGUAUUUUGGUGAUGGUGGCACAAGUGAGGGAGAUUUCCAUGCUGCGUUAAAUUUUGCUGCGGUUAUGGAGGCCCCGGUUAUAUUCAUCUGUCGGAACAAUGGAUGGGCUAUUAGUACCCCUACUUCAGACCAGUUUCGAAGUGAUGGUGUAGUUGUCAGAGGCCGAGCUUAUGGAGUCCGAAGCAUCCGCGUAGAUGGUAAUGAUGCACUUGCCAUUUAUAGUGCAGUUGAAGCUGCACGUGAAAUGGCAAUAAGUGAACACAGACCAAUCUUAAUUGAGGCAUUAACAUACAGAGUAGGACACCACUCCACAUCGGAUGAUUCCACCAAGUAUCGGCCAGCCGAUGAGAUUGAAUGGUGGAAAUUGGCUAGAGACCCUGUAACUAGAUUUAGAAAAUGGAUUGAAAGCAAUGGUUGGUGGAGCAGUGAGGCUGAGUCAAGCUUUAGAAGCAGCAUGAGAGAGAAGCUACUACAUGCAAUUCAGGUUGCAGAGAAAGUUGAGAAACCCCCAGUGGCGGACAUGUUCACAGAUGUAUAUGAUUUAACUCCAUCCAAUCUCCACGAGCAGGAGAAAUUGCUGAAAGAGACGAUCAGGAGACACCCACAGGAUUACCCAUCAGAUGUUCCUGCCUAGACUUGGACAUCUACGUAUUUAUACUUUUAAUAAAAGGUGAAUAUGUGAGCUUGUAUUAUCUGUCAUUACAGCCAUUGUAAUUGAAAGCAGAUCCGAAGCCUGCAGUUGCCAAGCGUAAAUACUGGUCUGUUGAUUCCA